AUGGCCAAACAUGUAUUUGAUCAAGUUGAAAUUUGUAAAGAAAACAUUUUUCAUAAAGAUGAUAAAGUUGAAAUUAAACAAGCAUGUUUUACUAUAAAUGAUAAGCCAUUUGAAAUUCAAUAUGGAAAAGUUAACCAAGAAAAGAUAGAUGAUUUGUAUUUGGCUGUUCUAAAAUCAUUAGAUAAAGGCAAGAUAUCUCGUGAAGCUUAUCGAUCAUUAGCACGUAUUAAUCAAGAUUUGCCAAGAGAGGGUGCAAUAUCAAAUACACGUCAAAGACUUAAUAAACAAAUGCAAAAUCUAGUUCCCUUAUUACUUAUAAAUGUAGAAGAAACAUCUGUUGCUUCUGAAUUAACUGAAGAUCAUCCUCAUAUUACUGAUCCUGACAUAGUUAAUAAUAUAGUUGAAUCUGCUAGAAAAGGUGGACAGCGUUCUAUAAUUGAUAUAUUAAAUUUUAUUGUACCUAA